AUGGUUUACUUUGUGAAAACAACGCAGGCACUCCUGCCGCUCCAGCUGAACGGAUCCGAACGAGCAUCCCGCCUCACAGUUCUGGAUACCGUCGUGAGGCAAUUUGCUGAGACAGCCGGCAGGCGGCAGAAACGUUUCACGCAUACGACUCGGGAACUAUCGUUAUCUGAGCAUUAUAAGUAUAAAUAUGAGGAGAUCUGUUCAAAAGCAAGAGCAAGUCGACAGCGUGCUGAGGAGGAAAGAGCGGAAAGAUUAGCCAAUAAAGACUACUCGAAAGAAGAUUUUCAAUUUCUU